AUGGAUCUCCCUGAACAUAAGGCUGGGCUCAGCUCUGCAGAGACAGGUGAGUGGUUUAAGUCUCUGCCAUUGUGGUUCAGUUAUUCUACCUGAGGCUGAAUUUUGUUCAUUAACAGUGGACCUUUUAGAUGAUGUGGCUGCUAACCAGAUCAAGCUGGCAAAGCCUGUAGUGUUUUAUAUCGUGACAUAAACAGAAAAAGAGAGGAGCUUACCAUAGGCCUCUCCCUUUUCUUUGCUGAGAUUACAGAUAGCAAGAUAUGUGUGGGAACCAAUACCCUCUCAGCUAAAGUGGUGGUGAAGUUUGGUUGGGGAGAAAAAGCAUUGAAGUGCUAGGUUCCUCUUCUAGGAACCAAUACUAUUUUUCUAAUGGCACCCACCUGAGAGGUGCCAGAACAGAGUUCCAGCGAGCUCCAGCUGAAAAGAAGCCCUGCUAGGAACCAAUGAUGGGCAUAAAGGGAGAUGAGGGAGACUUCAUCAUCUGACCGAGGAAAGUAAGGGAUUUUGGGGUGGCUGAAAGACAUGCUGAAGCUUGCUGCAAAGUUCGUCAUGAAGUGUUGCAACUUUUAGUAGUUGAGCUGCCUUUUCAGUAGGGUAAAGGCUGGUGCAAGUAGGGAGAUGAGGAUAAGCUAGGACUCCUGAAAUCCUUUACUUGUGCUGUGACUUUUUCCAGGUGAGGAUGAGCCCUGUUCUGCAUUGGAUGAGCAAGGGGAGCUACCUGAUGUACCAGUCAAUGGACCCAUAAUUGAGGCAGAUGCCAAAGCGGAUAUGCAGGAGGAAUCAAGUGAAAAGGACCUGUCUGACUCAGCCUCAACUGAUAACACUUUGGAGGACUCCAGCGAGUUUAACCAACCUAUGGUGAUGGGCGAUGGGCCACCUGGGGAGGAGGAAGUGGCACAGCUGUGCCCGGCUACACACCGGGAUGAGGAUGUGACAGCUGACAGUUGGCGGGCACACAGGAAACAUGUCUUUGUUUUAAGUGAAGCUGGCAAACCCAUUUACUCGCGCUAUGGCAACGAAGAAGCCCUCAGCUCCACCAUGGGUGUUAUGAUGGCACUUGUAUCAUUCAUCCAGAGUGGGGAUAAUUCCAUCCGUUCCAUUUAUUCUGGUAUGGCAAAAAUUGGCAGUGGGGCAUUGUUUUAAUUACAAUUAACAACUUGUUUUUAUGAGGCUUUGGGACUCACUCGUGAUUGGAAGUUGGGGCUUGUAGAUUUUGUUAAGGAUCCUCUACUUUUACCCCCAUAAUUCAAGCUCUGGUAUAGGAGUUAUUGGGCAUGGUUGUAGCCAGAUUUAAGCCAUAUCCCUAUAGCUACAGUUUAAAAUUACAGCUUAAAAUUAUUGGUUUCUUUCAAACUGGACUGGCUCUCAGAACCAUGACUGAUGCCUAACGAUCUUGGAGUCUCUUGUGUUUCCACUGAUAGUUAACAGUAAAGGCUGUGUAAAAGAAUUUCAGUUAUUGGGCAAUAGAGGGAGUUGGGGUUUUUAUCAUGGUAAUUUUCUUUUAUAUGAAGAAAGCUGUCAUGUGGACUGCAUAGCUAUGUAGUUGUGAUUUCAUGCAAGCACAGAGAAGCACAAAUGUUCUCGCUUCAAAAUCCAGCUUCCUAAGAAUUUCCUUUCAUUCUUUUUCUCACCUUUGUGGUUGUAGAGAUGCUUGGAAACAUGUAGACAGUGUCUGAUGAUGUCUGGGGAGCCCAGGGUUCAGAGACUGGACCUUGCUUCUCUGUUUUGCUCCAUGCUGUUCUUCAUGCCUAGCAGAAGCAAAAUAGUAAAAAUUGCAGAAUGAAUUCUGCAAAAUAGGGGAAACAAUCCAAAGGUACUUAAUAUGCAUAGCUAGUCCAGGCAGCUGAAUUUAUCUCUUCUUAGUGCAUAUUUUUAUUAUGAUCAGUAGUAGUAAUACUCCUUUUUUUUUUUUUUUUAAGUGCAGAAUGUGUCCUGCUCUGGCAUGCAACAUUUCAUGUAUUUGCAUCAAAGGUUGCUACUGUAAGCUCACUCAGCACUGAAGUAAGCCCUCAGUGGGACUUCCUUAUGAGUAGAAGGCAUGUAUAACUUUGCACUAUAACACAGGACCUAGUGGAACAUCUAGGGCUACAGCUUGAAAGGGCCUGCCCUACUAGAAAAAUUAACCAAUAAACUGAAACUGACACGGGGACAAACAGAAGAAGAUGCCUUUUCCCCGGUAUGGCUCCCCUCUAUCACAUACACAGCCCAACAAGACAAUGACAAUAAUCCACCAACAGCAUACAAAUCAAUAUGGCUAACCUGAUCCAAAACACCCACCCACCCCACUCACACACGAAAACAAAGAUCACCACAGCCAAUCACAAACAAACAACCACACCCUAGGCCAACCCCAACCUCUCACCACUAAAGGCACACAAGUGAACAGCACACGCAACGCUGACACCAAACCCUACAUACAUUAAGCAUAAUAGAAACAUCGCCACCUGACCCCACCCCCACCCAUCUUCCCCCCCACCCCUUUUCCCCCCCUCCUCCUAAUGUCUCAACAAAUGAAACGGAUUUGUAAAAAUGUUACAUGGAAAAAAUACGAGAGACAUUACACAUACUUCUGUAAAACAAGAAAAUCUUUAAUAAUAAUAAUAAAAAACUUGAAAGGGCCUGUUUAUGUGCCUGGCUGCCUUUUUAAAAGAGUUGUUUGGAGUGAUCAUCAGCUGGAGGAGUGGGGAGGGAGAUGGUGUACCCCUGUCUUUUGUGCUCCAUCAUAAUAUAUGGCAUAUGCAUGUUUAGAUUUAGUAGCCUAUCCUGCCCAACAAACUCACUCUGUGAUCCCUUAGGGGAAGAAAUCUCAUUCAGUUAAAUAUGAUGGGGAAUAAAAAAAAUAGUGACUAUAUAAAGUUGAUUUUUAAAAAAAUAAAGCAAUAUAAAAAUAAGGUUCUAAUUAGUCAGAACACUGUGUAUCCUGGACUUAAAUAGAUCUACUUCAGUUCUGUUGUCAGGAAAAACUUAAUUCCUCAACCUGUAUAAAUUACGUAAAUUACCCAAAUACAGUUAUUUCUUGUUUGGCAUAGUGAAUUCUACCCCUUUGACUAUUUGCAUGUGUUUUCCUUCUGCUCAUCAUGGGGUUGGGAGACAGACAAGGAGCUACACAAGGCAUUAAAAUCCUGCCUCUGGCCGCUGGGGAUCUUGUUCAGCUACGCUGCUGAGAUUCAGCUGAUGUUGUCUAGAACGCUUUCAAGUAUAUCUUUGCAACCAUAAGGGCAAGAAAUGUGUAUCUGAAAAAAGUAUGCUCUAGGGAUGCUAAUUUUAUACCCAAUAAUGCAUUAUAUGGGCUUUUUGCAUUUCCAUGGAAUUGCACACUUUACUCAGUCUUGCUUUCCCCCUAGGGUUGAUUGACAUCUGGUUCUGUCCUAUUUGUGCAGAGCUCAGUCUGCUGCACCUUCUGACUAGCUCUCUCCUUUCCACCACAGAUGAUCACAAACUGGUUUUUGUGCAGCAGGGCCCGCUGGUGCUGGUGUCCGUGUCGCGCACCUUACAGUCAGAGCAGCAGUUGCGGCAGGAGCUUUUGUAUGUCUACUAUCAGAUUAUCAGCAUGCUCACAGAGGCCAGCAUCACCCGCAUCUUUGAGCGGAAAAAGAACUAUGACCUCCGGCGCCUGCUGACCGGCUCAGAGAAGAUCCUCAACCGCCUGCUGAACCUGGUGGAGUCGGACCCUUGCUUCCUGCUUGGUGCUGUGCGCUGCCUGCCCCUCCAAGCCUCCCUGCGGGAUUCCCUGGGCACUUUGCUCCAGAAGGCCAUCACGCCCAAUCUGGUCUUCUCCAUUCUGGUGGCCCGGAGUCAGCUGGUCACCACAGUGCAGGAGAAAACAGUGAUUGAAGACUGCCGUUUAGAACCCACUGACUUGCAUCUAUUGCUCAACCUCAUUGGGGCAACCUCUGCAUUCCAAACAGGGGAGAUUUGGACGCCUAUUUGCUUGCCACGCUUCAACCCGGAUUGUUACUUUUAUGCUUAUAUUUCCUACUUGGAUGCAGAAUGUACCGUCUGCCUCAUUCUUCUCUCCACGGACAAGGAGUCUUUCUAUUCUGUCUCGGACUGCAAGAAACGCAUUGAGGAGGGCAUGAGGACUCAGAACUACCUGCAGGCACUCUCAAGCGGCCUGAGAAGCCCUUCCUAUAGUGUGGGGCUGGUGGGUGUGCCAGACCUCCGGCACUUUAUGUACAAGCCUCUGGAUAUACCUGAUAACUACCGGCAGCUUCCCCAGUUCACCAGGUAAUUAGAGGCAUGUGUGGUCUGAGAUAUGCUCUCAACCCUAUGAGAGCUCUUUGAAGAGGGCAGUGAGAUGGAAGUGCAGUAGGGGAUGGCUUAAUUUGUUUGUGACUUGAUACUGUCCCCUCUGAAUUCUCAACGUUUCUCAUAGUGGUGGGGGUGUUAGUGAAGCAUUUUGCCUCCUAAUGUUUUGACCGUCAUUGACAUGUUUCUGGAAAAUAUGAUUUGGCUUAUUUUUAUGCUCUACAGUUUUGCUUCAGUGCAGUGUUGCAUGAUAUCUGUCCUGGAAAAGAGUACUGAAAAUCUCAAGAUUUAAUUUGGGUAGACAGACAAAAUCUCUUGGUUUUGGGACCCAAACUUUUUGGGGUUUUGUUUUUUUUUUAAACAGGGGGAGUGUCCUCUUGUUAAGGGACAAAACUAUUGUGUCCUGUAAUGCUAAUUGCUUGCCUAUCUCUUUUCCUGCCAGAUUUAUUUUUAUUUAUUUUAUUUAUUAAAUUUGAAUAUCGCCCUUCAUCUGUAGAUCUCAGGGCAAUUCACAACAUAAAAGAAACAUAUAAAAACACAAAAUACAUAAUAAAAACAAAAACAAACCAAUACAUUUGCAAAUGAAGCAAAUGUGUAGGGCUUGAAAUUCAUUGGCUGUAGACCAUUAAAGAAAGUGAAUGAUUUUGCUUAUUGCAAUAUUAUUUGUUUGGGGAAUGAUCCAAUCUGACACUUCAUGUGAAUGUAGUAGCACAUUUCACCUUCUUAUUAUUUUAUUAUUUAUUAGAUCUAUAUACCAGCCUUCAUCAUAAGAUCUCAGGGCGGUACGCAGAAUAAAAUCCAGGAUAAAAACAAGUAAACAAUUAAAACAAAACAGCAAAACAAUACCCCCCCUUCCCAAAGACACAUUUAAAAGGCUGUGGAAUAUUCAUCAGCCAGGCCUGGUUGAAGAGAAAUGUUUUCACCUAAAAAUAUAUAAUGAAGGCACCAGGUGAACCUCCCUGGGGAGAGCAUUCCACAAAUGAGCCACUACAGCCUCCGGAUGUCUCGUGGAAGAGGCAUAUAGAGAAAGGCCUUAGAUGAUGAUUGCAGAGUCAGGGAUGUUUUAUAUGGGAAGAGGUGAUCCUUGAGGUAUUGCGGUCCUGAGCCACUUAAGGCUUUAUAGGUCAAAACCAGAACUUCGAAUUGGGCCUGGAAACUAAUUGGCAGCCAGUGCAGUCAGACCAGGAUCGGUGUAAUACUCUCAAACCAUCUUGUCCUAGUGAGCAACCUGGCCGCUAAAUUCUGCACCAGCAGAAGCUUCUUAACUGUCUUCAGAGGCAGCCCUAUGUCAAAUACAUUGCAGUAAUCCAACCUAGAGGUUACCAGAGCAUAGACAAUAGAAGUUAGGCUAUCCCUGUCCAGAGCUGGGCCAUGAGCUGAAGGCACUCUGGGCCACCGAGGCCACCUGAGCCUCAAGUGACAGCAGAGGAUCCAGGAGUACCCCAAGCUACAUACCUGCUCCUUCAGAGGAAGUGUAACCCCAUCAAGAGCAGGUGAUCUCCCAGCCAUCUCUUCUUCCGCUCACAAAAAAAAUCCCACCUGGUGUCUGUGUGACUUCACACAUGUAAUGGUUUUAGGUGUGCCCCUUAAUGUCUCAUUCAGACAUUCAUAAAUCUGAAUACAAAUGUGUUUGUAAACACUUAAUGUUUUGAGUGAGCUUUUGUGGUGGAUUUGCUGUUGUAUAAUGGGUAGUAUGAUCCUGUACUGCAGGCUUCCUCAAACUCAGCCCUCCAGAUGUUUUUGGGACUACAUUUCCCAUCAUCCCUGACCACUGUUCCUGCUAGCUAGGGAUCAUGGUAGGCCAAAAACAGCUGGAGGGUCAAGUUUGAGGAAGCCUGCUGUAAUGCAACAAUACUUGGGUGAUAAAGCAGAAGAGUGCAGUUUCUCUCUCUCUCUCUCUCUCUCUCUCUCUCUCUCUCUCUCUCUCUCUCUCUUUUUCUGGCAAGUGUUAACUUGCUGCACAAUCCUAUUCCCAGAAGAAGCUCCAUCCCAGAACUGAUUUGUGUGUGUGUUAAAUUUGAUAUGUUGAUGCAUCUAGACUUAGCUUUGGGGGCAGGCAAACCUAGAGAGAUGGUACAGCUCCUGCCUCGACUUCCUCCCCCCCCCCCCCCGACUCCCAGCCAGAGGUUGUGGGAAGGGCUAAGAUGGCCUUAUUGAAUUACAGCUUUAAAUAGAGCAAGUCAUGAAGUUUAUCCCCCGCAUCAAAAAGAAUCCUUGUGUAGAAACUACUGGGCCGCAAGGGAGAACCUGAGGGUGGGCAUCAGGAGAUUCUUGCUAGCUGGCAAAGUCUUGUAAGUGGUACACAGAAAUCUGGAAGCCAUUUUGACAGGAGGUGCUACUGAUUCAGUGCUAAUGCAUCUGGAGUGCCAAAGGAAUACUUGAUUGGUCAGAAGCACCCACAUUUCCUUGGGGAAAAGCAACUAGAAACAGCCCCAUUGGCAUCUGAAAGGGUUUUACAUGUACAGUGGUACCUAUGGUUACAAACACUUUGGGUUACAAACUCCGCUAACCUGGAAGUAGUACCUUGGGUUGAGAACUUUGCCCCAGGAUGAGAACGGAAAUCAUGCGGCAGCAGCAGGAGGCCCCAUUAGCAAAAGUGCGCCUCAGAUUAAGAAUGGUUUUGGGUUAAGAACGGACCUUCAGAACGAAUUAAGUUCAUAGCCCGAGGUACCACUGUAACUUGUUUUGACAUGUGCCCAUUUUGCAGCUUCCUUCCCCUAAAGACGUGCUAGGAUAUGAGGGGCGUAUUCCACUGACCACUUUAGUACAUUGUAGGCUGACAGAUGGCUAGGGUGUAUGCUUGUCCAUAUGCGUAUCUCGGGUGCUGCUAUGCACAGGAUCCAAUUCAGAAAGACAUGGAAUUGAUUAAAAAGUGACAUCUUGCUGUGCAGUGCCUAAAGUUAACUCCUGUGUAUGGCAUCAGGUGCAGACAACACAAUGACUGAGCAGCCAUACGUUGGAAGCUGAAAACAUGCUGGUGUUCUGACACUUUUCCUAUAGCUUCCACUUGCCUGGAGCCUGGAAAACAUAUUGGAGCCUAAACGUUUUCUGAUUGUCAGACAUUUCUUAGAGGCUUUUUCUGGGAUUAUAUUUUUGUCCUUUCCCAUCUCUGAAGAACUUGCUCAGUGGUUGAGGUGAACAGAUCCCUCCCAUUCUUCACUACGCCUGAGUUCAGUAGCCUGACCCAUAGUGAAGAGUGGUAUAGAGGGACUCAAAGUUCUUUGAUUUCCUGAUAUGUUUUUUUUAACCAAUUACAGCCCAGAACUGGAGGGGCCUUACUGCAGUGAGAAUGAACGGCACCGACUCUUUGACCUCUAUCACUACCUUCACAGUCGUAUCCACAGUACCUCACGCCCUCUGCGUCUCAUCUACCAUGUAGCUGAAAAGGAAACCCUCUUGGCUUGGGUGAGGAAUGACACUGCGGCUGCUUCUUCAACUAAGAGACUUUGUGAUCGCUAGCUAAGAGCGCAGCUACCCGUUAUGAGGAUAAUACAGGACUCCCAAGUCCAUGCUUUCCUCAUGUCAACACUUGGCAGGCAGGAGGGAGGGAGGAAAGGAGUGCUCAGCAUUUCUCUUCACCAUUGAUUCACCCCUGUAAAUCCAACCCCUCAUGGAUUUAAAGAAACCCUUAUUUUAAUCCUUUCUUCCUGAUGCCCCCCAGAUAUUGUUGGACUCAACUCCUGACACCCCUCAUGGUCAAUGAUCAGGAAUGAUGGGAAGGCAGAGAUUCCUUACCCCUACCUUAGGUACUCACAAAUAGUUUGCUUUUUCUUAUCAGUGUCCUAUAAAUUAGAGUAGCUGGGGUAAACAGCUUAGGUGAGUCACAGAAAACUUGUGACUGGCUGGCUUUUUGAGCUGUUGAUAAUCUGUGUUGGAGACGGCACCAAACAUCACAAAGUUUUAAGGAUCACAGACAUGCUUUCUGCUCUUCAGUGGAUUAAGAGUCCAGCUCUUGAGUGAGGUGGCUGGGAACUUUUAUAGGUUCUCAAAGGUUGGUGAAAUCUGGUAGUUUAGGGAACUUGCUACCUAUAAGGCGCUGCUACAGAAUAGUAAGUUCCUCUCUUGCACAAAGCUGCAGGCUUUGGUUUCCCAGCCAUUCUACAGCUUGGCUGUAUCUGUUGGCUGUAUCUGUUGUCUAAUGGUCACCUGCAGAGAGGUCCCAGCCUCAUUACUGAAUGGGGCUGAAUGUUUUUUUCUCCCAUCCUCUCUUCUCUAGGUCACAAGUAAGUUUGAACUGUAUACCUGCUUCAGUCCUUUGGUGACCAAAGCUGGUGCCAUCAAUGUCCUGACUAAGCUGCUGCGCUGGAUAAAGAAGGAAGAAGACCGGCUCUUCAUUCGUUACCCACCCAAAUAUUCCACCACACCCAAUCCUAGUAAAGGAAGCAAGGGGUCCCGGACUGAUGGUGCUGAGAAUGGCUUCUUUGGAGGUCUCUAA